GAUUUUAAUGGCAGAGAUUUGACAUUUAUCUCGUAUUCAAAAUGUUAAAAUUAAAACAAAUAAGUGGUUUUUUCGAUUUUUAUGAAUAAAACAUUAUUGUUUUUCUAAGAAAUAAUAAAAAAAAGGUGUAUAGUGGUUAAUGUGGACUGGUUUUUCGACGCUAGUCAUAAAAACGAAAGGGUUUGAAAUAAUUAUUUUUCGAAGAGUAAAUCCAAAAUAUUUCGUUUAAAGUGCUUUUCUUAGAACAAAGUAUGAUCUAAUAAGUUAGAAUUAUCCUUAUGUCGUUUAUUAACCAGUAAAAAUGUGUUUUUUAAGUGAUCUGUUAAAUUAUUUUCGUUCUAAAGUUCUUUAAGUAUUUAUUACGAAAAUGAUCUCGAUACAAUUAGAUGUUUCGUUUUAUUCGAAUCUACUUUUAAUACCAAUAAACCUAUGCAUUAAUUGAGAGACUAGAAUAUUGAUUUGGGCAUUGUGCAAAGCUAUCAUGAUUUCGUGUGUUUAAAAAAAAUUAUGAAGUGUUUUUGUGAUUGUUGAACAUUUUGGCGGUAUUUUCGUUUGCUUUUAUGGAGUGUCUAAACUGUUUUUAAAUUAAAAUGGUUACGAUGAACUCUUCGGAGAAGGCGGCACAGAAAGCCUGUCAGCAGGGUCCAUCAAGAGACAAUUCAAAAUAUGUCAAAGAAGACAAAGAGAAAGAGAAGGAUAGAGACAAAAAGGAGAAUGCGACAAGUCUCCCGCCAAGCGUGCAAGCUCUCAUGUCCACUAUACCCUCGCCGGAGGAGUCUCCCAACUACCUGAUCUAUAAAAAGAUGGAGGCAAUAAUUGAGAAGAUGCAAGAUGAGAACACCGGUGUACCGGUGCGGACGGUGAAGAGUUUCAUGACCAAGAUACCCUCCGUGUUCACCGGCUCGGACCUGGUGGCGUGGCUCUCCCGCCACCUCCAGCUGGAGGAGCCGUGGGAGGCGCCGCACCUGGCCCACCUCCUGGCCGCGCACGGAUACCUGUUCCCCAUCGAUGAUCACUGCCUGACCGUGAAGAAUGACAACACUUAUUACAGAUUUCAAACACCAUACUUUUGGCCGUCGAAUCAAUGGGAACCGGAGAACACUGAUUAUGCUGUGUACCUGUGCAAGCGUACGAUGCAGAAUAAAGCGCGGCUCGAGCUGGCCGACUACGAGGCCGAGUCGCUGGCCCGCCUCCAGAAGAUGUUCAGCAGGAAGUGGGAGUUCAUAUUCAUGCAAGCAGAGGCGCAGAGCAAGGUGGAUAAAAAACGCGAUAAAUUGGAGCGUAAAGUGCUGGACAGCCAGGAGAGGGCGUUCUGGGAUGUUCACCGUCCAAUGCCCGGGUGCGUUAACACAACCGAGCUGGACCCUCGGAAGCUGUCCCGCAUCAACGCACUGAAGGCCAAGAGGCUGCGGCAGUGUCAAGAGCUGGUCCUGCAAUACAACCUCAAGAACAAUCCAAUAGUGACCAUCACGAAUCCACAAGAGAGCGAAGAGGAAAUACAGAAGAAGAAUUCGGACAACACUGUCAAGGAGAACGGGGAGAGUUCGCAGCCAGAGGUAACCGUGUCUACCGCGGCCGCCGGCCGAGACAACCGCACCGUGCAGCAGCAGACCGAGGCGGCGCGGCGCCAGCUCGCCAUGCUGCGCGCGCGGCUCGAGCGCCGCAACGUGCGCGUCAGCAAGGUCGCCGACAUGUUCAUAGCGUACUGCGAGCAGUAUGCGGAGUACGACGCGUUCCUCACGCCGCCCGAGUGGCCCAACCCCUGGAUAAGCGAUACCACCGAGCUGUGGGAACAGGAGAAGCAUUGCAAGGACCCGCUGCCGUUGCGGCGCGUGCGGCGCUGGGCUUUCGGGCUGCGGGAGCUGCUGCAGGAUCCGGCCGGCCGGGACCACUUCGCCAAGUUCCUGUCCAAGGAGUUCAGCGGGGAGAAUCUCAAAUUUUGGUUAGCAGUGCAGGAAUUGAAGGCGCUACCCAUCCGCCGCGUCGCGUCCCGCGCUAAAGAGAUCUGGAAGGAGUUCCUCGCGUCCGACGCGCCCUCUCCCGUCAACAUCGAUGCUGCCAGCAGGGAACUGACACGCACGAAGGUGGAAUCCGGUACCGCAGACAGAUACUGCUUCGACCAAGCACAGGCGCAUGUAUACCACCUGAUGAAGUCCGACAGCUAUUCAAGAUACCUGCGCUCGGAGAUGUACAAGGACUAUCUCAACGGAGCCAAGAAAAAGACUUCAGUCAAAGGUAUUCGUUCCAUCGUGUCGUUCACUGGCAGGAAAGAGACAUCUACCAAUUAGCCGACUCAGCAGAAGGGUAUUAUGUUACAGUAAACGCAGGCAAGGUUAAAAUCUCAAGGUCAGAUCUUGCAUUUUUUUAGACAGUCCCAACUGGAUUCUGUCAACUAUAAAUGGUUUUACUGAACAUCGCUUUUUACCGGUAAAUUUUUACCUGAUACCGGUAAAUGACAUAUUGUACAAUUACAUAUGUUGUUGUUGAAUGAGUACAUAUUUAUGUUAGCGGUUUUUAAAUUGAUUUUUUUGCUGAACAUUGUUUUUAUCGGUGAAUACCGGUAAAUUGUCCCAAAUACCGGUAAAUGACAAAUUGCACAACUACAAACUUGGAUUAGUUAGUACGUAUAUGUAAGUUACCGGCUUAUGAAUUGAUUGUUUUGUCGAAUAUUGGUUUUACCGGUAUUUACCGGUAAAUCUUUUCCGAUAUUUUUAAAUGACAUCAUACAUAAAUGAAAAUGUGGUACUAUUGAAAUAGUACAUAAAAACUUACAGUUUUUAUAUAUCUGGCAAAAUGUUGUUCCUUGAUGCCAAAAUGUAGGUUAUAAUUAACCAGUUUUUUUUUUUUUUUAUUUAAUAUCCAAUGUACAGCAAAGAUUCAAUAAUAGUUAAUAGUAAAAAAAAAUAAAGACAGAACCGUAGAAGAUAAAUGGGUAACAUAGUGUAGUAUUUAAUACCGGAAAAUUUCGGUAUAUUUUUCGGUAUACCGAUACCAAAAAUUAUACACCAAAUGAAUUCGAUAAUUUUAUUAUAAUUAAUAUCAGAAAUUGUGGUUAAUUUUUAAUUUACCUCUACCGAAUACAUUGCACGUAAUUUUUUUUUUGUGUAAACCGGAAAUUUCCGGUAAAAGAUCAUUUCGCCGGUACUGAAAUGCUUAAAGAAACAACUCUUUCGCGUGUUUCACUUUAAAUUCUCAGUAUUAUAGAGUGUAUCUAAUAUUGUCUAUCUCUUUUCAACGCGGAUGUAAUAGAAUGAGAGAGCGGAUAUACAAACUGUGUUCGAUGGUUAGAGUGCGCGGUAGUUAUAUAGUCAAGUCUCAACCAAAGUUAUAUAAAAGGCUGUUGAAAUUAACUGCCGUUUUGUUUUCACAAAAAAAAAUAUCUCGUAUUAUAAGUAAGUAAGAUUUACACCGAACGGUGCACGUUGGAACGCUUGGUAGCGCAUUUGACAAUGUGGAAGGUUUUUUUUUUUAUGACAGAGAGCUUGAAAAAAGCGGUUUUUUUUGUUUUGUUAUCCGUACAACUAAGCAUGGUCGUUUGUCUGCUGUGUUUUAAAAGAAACUACGUGCCACUAAUAACAAUAACAGUAAUAAGAAUUAUUGCCCUAAAUGUAGAGGUAAGUCGUCACCAAAAAGAUGAAACAAAUAUGCGAUAUGUAAACCAUUGCAUUAAAUUUUAAAGAAAUAACAAUAUUUAUUAUUAUUUCUUCGUCUUAUUAUUUUUUGUUUAAGUAAUAAAGAUAAACUUUACUAAUCCAUUUUCAUCAUAAAAAAAAAAAACCAUAAAGUUUUCUGACCGCCCGCCAGCGUGUUUACCAUUCGAAGUAUUAUAAAAAAAAAACUACUACAUAUAUAGAGACUGCAAUAAACUGUGUUCUACAUUAAAAUUUACUUAUAAUCACAUCGCAUUAAGAACCGAACGUGAAUUUAAAUGCGCUAGUAGUACCUAAGUAUGCCCUUUACCGCAACGUGAAAUGCUCUCCGACGCGCGCCGUUCAGUGUGAAUUGUGCAUUAGACAAUGUAAAUAUUUGAUUGUUUUAGAUGAUAGACAAUACAUGGGUGUCGUUACGUGUAUGUAGCUAGGUUUAUACAGGGUGUGAAAUAUAUUUAUUAGAUAGAUAAAUAAUUUAAAUAUAUUUAAUAAAUUAAAAGAAGAUUACAAAGAUCCAUUUUUGUUAGUAACAAUUGACUUAAACUAUGUUAGUAGAGAGAAAAAAAUACAAGACAAUUCAUUUUAUGGCCCCUAUAAUAAUUUUGACCCAUAGUGAGCUUGGCGUUAAUUUACAGGGUACCAUCAGGUGGGCCGUCAGCUUGUUUGCCAUUCUAAGUUGUAUAAAAAAAAUGGAAAUUUUACGUACUCAAUAUAUGAAACUUAUACCUAUAUAUCCCAGGCUCACAAGCGGUAUCGAUCCCUUGAGUCUUAGGAGAGACUUUGCCUCACUCUGCGUGUUCUACCGCCUGUACAACGGAUUGUGCUCAGAGGAAUUGUUCAAUAUGAUGCCCACAGCCACUUUCUACCAUCGUACGGCUCGCCAUCGACAGGGAGUUCAUCCUCAUGUCCUACAGCCUCAAUGGUCGCGUACUGCGCGGUUUCAGAGAUGUUUCCUUCCACGAACACUCAGAUUGUGGAAUGAGCUCCCUGCCGAGGUUUUCCCAAGAGACUACAGCAUGGGGUUCUUCAAAAGGGGGGUAAAGAGGUUUCUUCAGGGUCGGCAACGCGCGCGUAAUACCCCUGGUAUUGCAGGCGUUCAUAGGCUACGGUAACCGCUUACCAUCAGGUGGGCCGUAUGCUUGUUUGCCACCUCGAUGGUAUAAAUUUUUUUUAUUAGGAAUUAUGCGAAAGAAUGUAUAUAUUUCACAUCCUGUACAUAACUUUCAAAUGAUAUUAUUAACAUAAAAGAGUAUUUUUAAUCUAUUUAAUGUUUAAAGAUUAAAAAAAAAAACAUAUUUCUAUAAGCUUACUGUAUUUAUAUAUUAUAUAUUAAUAUAUGUUUUUUAUUAGUAGGUACUAUGUUUCUUUUUAUUUUUAAUCGCAGAACAGAAAAAAAAAGACUUGAAAAUGUAUGGAGGAUAGAAAGUUUUUUUUUUUGUUUUUACUUUUAAUUCUAAAUCUAAAUUGAUUUCCCUGUACAAAUACCAUUUUUUUACUUAAAAACUUAAUAAGAAUUCGAUUUGGUAUAAUCGUUUUAUUUAUUUAUAUAAAUAUCGUACGACAAAUCUUAUUCAAGGGCUCGUAAACCGAUUUUGAUUACUCUUUUUAGCUGUUUAUUUCCGUAUUACUGGUAAAAACCCAAAUAAAACUCAAUUUGGUUCAUCCUUUUUAUUUAUAUCUUUUUUUUUUAAAUAUCGUACGACAACUCUUAUUCAAGGACUCGUAAACCGAUUUUGAUUACUCUUUUUUUUUCUCUUCAAAGUAAUACGAUUUUUAUAUCGCUUCUAGUUCUUUUUUUUUUGUUCUGCGAUCUUAAUUAAAACAUUGGUAUUAAAUUCUGACAUACGAUAAUGCAGCGACAUAUUUAAUGUUUUUUUUUUAUUAUUAUUAUUAUUAUUGUCAAAAAUAUCAAAUAUUUCAUUGAUUGAUUGAUAUGAUUUACAAUUGUUAUUUUGUCAUCCCUUCUAUGCAAUUCCAUGUUCUUAGAUCAGUGUUCUUAGACCACUGUGCCGCGGCACUUUUGUGUGCCGCCAAAUUUUAAAAGUGUGCCGCCAUAUUUUGCAAAUAUUUAAAAUUUUUGUCAUAAACUAUUUAUGCAGUGUGUGUGUUGUAGUAAGUGAAUAAUUUUUAUCUUUUUCCUUGUGUGCCGCCAAAUUUUGAAAUCGUUAAAUAUGUGCCGCAACAAAAAGAGGUUGAGAAUCACUGUCUUAGAUCAAAAUACACUUCAUCCGCCAUCUUGUCGUGGCGGCCAUUUUGAGAAUAAUACAAUACUGAAUAUUGUGUUCUAGAUGGAGAACACGCAAUUCGGUCACGCGGACAUUGUCGCGGAUAAAAACUAGUUGGAGCAGUGACAGAAUUGAAUACCAAUGUCAAAUGAGCCAAAUAAUUUAAGACUGCAUUUGAUCAACUGCGCAAAAAGAGGUUAUGUGUUUUGAUAUGAGAAAUGUAUUAAUUAAAAAGUUUCGUUCGCUACCAAAGUUUGUUUAAAUCGGGCAUUUAUUAAUUAUUAAGUUAUGUUAAUAUGUUUUUAACUUUAAUUACUUAAUAAAUAUUGGAAAUAAAAUUAUAUAUAAAAAGGGACGUCUAGUAAAGCUUAACUGUUAAGGGGAGGUUGUCAUGAGGAUACUAUGGGUGUCACAGUAUACUCUGUUAUGUCCACGGUACUGCUCACGUGUAUAAGCGACGGUUACCAGUUUCUAGCAGGUGGGCCGUCAGCUUGUUUGAUUUUUUAUAUUACCAUAUGUUAAUAUUAAAUAAUAAACUUUAUAAAUAAAAUAAAUAAAUAAAUAAACAGUAAUAGAAAGUGGUAACCGUCGCCUAUAGACAUGGACAGUACCGUGGACAUAACAGAGUAUACUGUGUCGCCCAUGAUACCCCCCAUGCGUUGCCAUCCCCGAGAACUAUGGUGUUAUGCGUCCGUACAAACUUUUUAUAUAGUGUUUUAUUUAAAAUAUUUAUUAAAAUAUAUAUAUUUAAAUUUGUGUUAGAUUCGAUGUUAGGGAUACUCCCAUAGGCUUCAACACCAUGACGUUAUGGUUUCAAGUAAUAAAUUAAUUAAUUCAAAUUGUGUAAACUGUACUAGGGUGAAAUCGACAACACCCUUUUUAAAGACAUUUCUAAGAAUUUCCUCCGAAGUACACUAACGGAUUCGACAUCACCCGCUGUACAGUAUUUAUAUAAAUGUUAUAUUAAAAUAUGUUUUCUCAAACAUGCUUGGAAAUGUGAGCAUUAUUUUGACAAUCUUCUUCGAGAUAAAUCAAAAUUGCCGUACUGGCCAGAUACAUGCGGACAGCGGCCGGCAAAAGUUGUAUGAAAAUCCAUAUCUGUCGUGUUUUGCGGCCAGAUAAAUUACCAUGUUAACUCAUAUGUGUCCUGUAAUUUAAAAAUGGAAUGACCUUUUACUUCGAAACAUGGCUACCAAGGAGGUAACUAAUAAAAGGUUUUAUUUAAAUUUCGAACUGGCUUGCAAAUACAAAGCUGUUUAUUGAAAAAAAAACAAAGGAACAUUAUGGCGCGUGAAAAAUUAUUAUUGUUCGUUAUUCCUCAUUGAACUUAAAAAGUAAAAUUGUAUUUUUGAUUUCCGCGCAUUGUUUGGGAAAAGUACUAUACAAGCCUUGGCCACAACUAGGCAUUGACGGACUCACGUAUGUGUGCCUCGGCUACGCCUCGGUCCAUAUUUGCAAGUUCGUCCAUCAAUGCUUCAGUUGCUGGCCGCUGCAGUAAUGUACUAUUUAUUAUAUUAUUAUGUAUCU